AUGGACAUUUUCAUACAUCAGAUGCCUCUUCUUUAUGGAGAGGGAUCGAAGGCUUUCGUUCGGCUCCAGGAAGAGAUUUUGAAGGUCUCCAAUGACCACACCAUAUUCACUUGGACGUGGAAUGAGUCAGUCCCUACCGACUGGGUCAGCAUGCUUGCUCCAUCCCCGGAAGCGUUCAGACACUCGGCCAGUUUCAUUCGGACGUGGACCAAUUUGGGCAAGACACGGAACUACGCCAUGACGAAUGCUGUUCUCGAUAUAACCCUUCCGCUGGUCCAGUCUUGGCCGUACUACAUUGCUAUUCUCAACGUAAAGCACGAGACUCAGUAUGCUGGUAUGCACGCCUGCAUCCCGAUACGAGGAUUCCUUGAUCUUGGGUAUAGGGAAGGAAACAAAUUAAUGGAGAGAAUGCCCUUCCCCCCAAGCCCGAUGUUUAUAGAUCCAGAGUGGACGCUAUGUCGUGUGCCCUUGUUUAUUCGGUCAAGACCGGAUCCUUCGAAUCGUGCGCUGCGCAGCAUGGAUCUAGCAUCUACACCGACGCCGAUCAAGCACGGGUUUCUGAUCGUGAUGGACAGUACUCAAAAGCUUCUAGAUUAUAAGCUGCAGAGCUCGGGGGAUCUCAAGUCAAUGGGGGACAUUUACCUAUUGGAAAGGACGAGGAUUAUCCUCGGCAUUGACACUUAUCCCCCUGGAGUGUUCGAUGCUGCAAGGAGUCUGCUUAUCAUCCCGGAAAAUCGCCGAACGGUGUCCGGAGCUCUCAUCAGGUUGGGACGGACGAAAGACAGCGUGUGCAUCAUAUUUCUGGGAGUGGUGGAUGGAGAAGCCUCUGGUCUAGGAAGAUCGCUGCGCUUUUGUCAGACCAUGCCAUCGAGACUAUGGGGCCCGCCGGGAGACGACUCGGGGCGUAAACUGCUGCUACAAUCGCUCAUGGAUGAGAUCAAACUUAAAACGGAAAGCCACACCGAGCACAUAUCGUCAGCGUUCUUCCAUGUUGCAUUAGCACAUGAAGUUGUGAUGCGCGGCAUUGGCCCUUGA